CGCGAGAACUUCGAGCGGUUUUCUCCUCUAGCAUUAUAUUGAUUAGUUAAACUUUCUAAAGUUGAUAAAAGUUUUUGUUUUGUGUUCGGGGCGUUAAUUGUUUUCACCGCCUGUUGUUUCUCGUGAUAGCAGACGAGACAGUCGCAGACAUCCAGGUUCCGACAUUCAACGAACAGUGACUAAGGAAUAAUUCAUGAUCGGGAAUUAAUAUCCUGCUGUAGAAAUAUCAAAACGAUUUAACGUUGAUGGAAUAAUCCAUGAACAGGACAUAGUGUGCUUAUACAUUCUGGGCGGACUAUCCAUAUAUAUUCUGGAUCUAGUGCUGGACGUACUAUCCAUAUAUAUCCUGUACCAAGUGCUGGACGUACUAUCCAUAUAUAUUCUGUACCAAGUGCUGGACGUACUAUCCAUAUUUAUUCUGUGGACCAAGUGCUGCAUGUAGUUUCCCUGUAUAUUCUGGAGUGAAAUGUUAAAAUAGUUUUGUUAUUGAAGAGAAAUUUUGAAAUGUGUGAUUAAAAUUACAGGAAAAAGAGAGAAAAUGGUGUACUUGGGAUAAUUCGUUAUUAGUCAUGAAGUAAAUCAAGUCGUGGUUGGGGAGUUGUGCCAGAAGAAAAACAGAACCAACAGAACGUCUUCAAUAAAAGAUUUUUAGAAGAUUGACGUUAUCCACGUAAUGAUGAGUUUGAUUGACUCCCCGGGGGAAAUCCCCGAUAUAAACAAUACGAGUAUGGAAUAUGUACGACUAAAUGACAGCGACUAUUUACACGAUGGAUUAAGUAUAUAUGAAGUGUAUGCACCAGAAACUGUUUGGGUUGAUCGUUUGGUCACACCCUUCAUGUACGCUAUCGGAUUUCCUGGAAACAUUCUCUCUUUGAUCGUCUGGAUCCAGAAGCGCAUGCGUCAUUCGUCUGGAUGUUAUUUAGCAGCUUUAGCACUGGAUGAUCUGAUCUUUUUGUGUCUCCAUGUUAUUUAUGAACUUCAAACCACGUGGAGGAUCAACGUUCUAAACGUGACGAUCGUGUGUCAGUUUUAUCCAGUCGUUUAUAUGGCUGUGCAGUAUUUAUCUCCCUUGUUGGUGCUUGGGUUUACGGUGGAGCGAUACAUUUCGAUAUGUCACCCGUUUAAAAGAGAGAAAUAUUGUACCACAAAACGUGCGAAAAUGGUGAUUAUAUUUCUGACGCUACUGACUUUCUCUAUGAGCAGUAUUCAAGGCUAUUUUUACACGUUAGACGUUAUAGACGCCAACACGACUGAUUGUGGACCGCGAGCGGUGGUCAGAAAGGGUGGAACCUCCUCUCUAUUUAGUGUAUGGAAUAUCUGUGCGGAAAUGUGUAUAUUUCUUGGAGUUCCGUUAACUGUCUUGUUACUCAACAUGCUUGUGAUACGCGAACUACGUCGACUGUCGAGAGUCGAAACACAGCAGUUACACUGUCGUACACAGAGGACCUCGGCGACAACCAUUAUGUUGCUAGCUGUGUCUUUUUAUCAGAUUAUUACCACUCUGCCUGUAACUAUUGUAUAUAUUCUGUUCUUUGAGUUUCCACCUGGUUCAUAUGCAGUAUAUACACAUCGUGUCCUCGCCGAUCAGACCUGGCAUCGUCACUUCCGUUACGUUUUGGCUGAGACUAUAACCAAUGAGUACGGAACGACGCACUAUGCAUUUAACAUAUUCAUUUAUCUAAUAACCGGUAAAAUGUUCCGUCGAGAAAUACAGAAACUUUUAUGUUGUUGUAAGCGUUCUAAUAUAUCUAAUCCAUCCGAAUAUACCAGUUUACGUAGUUCACACGGACGAGCAGGCAGCACCCGCGUCGCAUCGGCAUGGACAUCUGUUAACGGUCAUAAUGGCACUCGUAACGGGAAAGAUAGUGAGACUAAAGUUUGAGCUGUGACGUUGCUGUUUUUGUUGUUUACGUGCCUUACGUACCAGUGGCUUAUAUAAAUUACAUAUUAUAGUGCUCGUAGUUAUUGUUUUCAUUAGCUUUAAACUCACACCAUAACAACCACAACAAUACUGGUUUCUAUGUGUAUUUUAAACUGACAUUUAGUGGAAAAUAAAAAUCAGUACAUCAUGCAAUUCUUUUGAUUAACGACCAUCGAGUGAAGCGUGUUGUGGUAAAAGUUACUAAAGGGACAUAACUCUGUUCCUGUUGUGAUUCAACAGGAUGCAGACCAGCAUCUAAGUGCACCGUCUGAGAUACGCACCAAUAUAAUAAUUCCUUUCUAUUUGUAAUAUUUCUCGCACAAAGAGACAGGGAUUAAAAUAACGCCAGUGAGAGACGUGUUUGUGGUCUGCAUUCAAGAAAAACUCAAUUCUGGAAUUUUUCCAUAUCGAUAUCAUUAUCCUAUGCUAACGCGGUGAUGUAAACCGCUGUGGCCAGCUUCAGUUAUCUCGUAAAACUCCCGAUUAUCUUUUAACUGGAAAAUGACUCACUUUUUUACGAAUACUGUUAAAUCCUAGCACAAAUUUAAACUCUAAACACGUGAAAAGGCUGGAUUCUUCACAUUUUAUAAUUCACGUUUUCGCAAAUACUAAUUUCGUACCUCAAUCUGAACAUCACUGACAAUACCGAUUAUGCAACAAAUCUCACUUACUUGCCCACGUGUCACGAAUAAAGACUAACGAACUAGCGUUCUGUUGUUCUGUUUUUUCUUGUCUCCCGCCAUUUAAAGAAAGCGGUGAUUUUUUAGAAUGGGUUAGUUUGGCUGGUGUUUUAUUAGUAGGCUAAGCAGCUGUCUGUCUGCUCAUCUGUGCUUUGCAACUUUAGGUACGCUAUAACUCUAAUUACGGUAAAAUGUAUAUAUUUGGUGCUCAAUUUAUACUUGUAACAUUCUCUAUAAAUAUAAAUGGUGCCAUGUCUAUUUAAAACUACAUAAUAAAAACUUAAUUUAAAAUAUUUUAAGAAUUCGGUUGAGAGAAAACAAUUCCAGUAUACAUUGCAAUUCUUAUCCAAUGAAAAGACUGAAUCCUUUAAAUAUUAAGGUUAAGUUUCUGUGACUAACGACUUUAUUAUACACCCACAGUGGUUGUCGUCUCUAUCAUCCGUUCAUCGGUCCGUAUGUUCGUCCACGCUUUAGAAGCUGAAGUUAUCACCCCGUACGAUCAAUGUAUACAUACUGUUUAUAAAAUGUUAGAACUAGAAGCUAAUCAAAUUGUAUUAUUGAUGAUAAUUACUAAAGGAUGAUUUAGCUGUUCUGGGUAUAUGUUGUAUUUUCCUAGCAGCCUAGCAGCCUAAAUCUUCUAAACGGAAUAUAUCGGAUAGUUUGGCUACGAACAAAGCGGGGCUCUGGGCCUGACUAGAAUCGCGGGGCCCCUAACGCGACGAAAAGAUUAUUUCAUAUCCUUUUGAUGGUUGAGGGAUAGCCCAGUCUCCGCCCUCCCGCUGCUAGAUCGAUUACCGUGAAACUUUCAUCUGGAAUUUGAAUUUGUUCUCUGUUAGUCAUGAACCGCGGGCCCCCCUAAACCCUAAACGUAACGAGGUUACGAACUGGUAUAAAUCAUGUGAUAUAUUAUGUAAUCAUUCGGUUACCAUUACUGCAUCCAUAGCGUAAGUCGGGGAGUAGUCAGGCCGACGGAGAAGGUCGAUCAUUUCAUCCGGAAUUCUGAACUCGAUUAUGGUUCACGAUUUUAUGUGGGGCUGUUUAAAUCUCCACAUAAGCAGCGGCUUAGGAUGAUGGAGACACUUAGUUCGUGAUAUUUCCUAGUGUCUUUAGAAAUAUAAUAUAAUAGAAUCACACAAUCCUGAGAAAGAUAAUUUAAGUUAUUGUAAAUAGAUCACAAUUUAUCAUGACAUAGGGAGGCAGACCACCAUUAAAUUUCACCAUCUCGGUACCCACAAAUUGUAGUUCGUCUAUUUAUAACAGUUCUCUCGCUGUCUCUUUUCUCCCCUUUGAUAUGCCCAUUUUUGUUGAUUUUUGGUCUAGAAUGGACGAAGAGGGUUUGAAUUAACAUUUUCUGCCAGGUUUUGGUAAAUAUUCAUGAUUAUGAAGCGGAAGGAUAACGGGGUUAUCAAGUUGGUUACGUCGAUAUGUACGGCAACUAGUUACAUGUUUUUAGUAUGCUUCUUGAAGUUUGUGUAUCUCAAAAUUUUGGUGGUCAACCUCAUACAAAUUUUAGUGCAGAGGCAUGACCAUUUGUUCCUUUGUGUUUAGUGAAAAGCAUUCAGCCCAACGAAAAUUUUGGGAAAAGUUGGAGGUGGGCAAAAGGGCCAGAAUUAACAUUGAAGUCAAUGGGGAAAUUAAUGGUGGUCUACCUCCUAUAUAGAAGGCGUGUUCUGAACUUUAUUAUGUCUCCAAAACAUCCCAAACUGUUCGACACCGCUUUGUCUUACACCGCAGUGACUUUAGAUAUUGGCCGAUUUAUGUACAGCGCACUAUUUGAGAUAUAUUCUUGUCAGUUGAUUAUAAAUGUUUCAUCAUGUAGACAAACGGGAAUUACAUAUAAUACACAACGCAGUUAUUUUUGCCUGAAGCCGUACUUAACGUGAUUGUGAUUUUGUCGUGUUUGUAAAUACAAUAUUUGAUAAUUACAAUCUGGAUUAAACUUUAUCUUGUGAUCAAUAAACUUGGACUAUCAAGGGGAA